AUAAAAAUCUAAAAUAUUUAUCUAUAAAUGUAAUAUUAUUUAUACAAGAAGAAAGUUUUAAAAAUUCUAAAGUUGACAGCUACUCAAGUAAACCAAGUUUCAGUGCGCAAACACCAAUCCUCCAAGGGAACUCACGACCAACAGCUGCCCAUCUGAACACCCAUUAAGAGUCCCAAUUGCAAGAAGGCGCUGUUGUGGCUGUUAUACUCUAUGUUAAAUGAUUAAUAUUUUAGCAAUUUCCUUGAAGGUGAUUUUACCUUUUCUCGUUUUGGCCAUACCAGGCGUUGGCAACCUGCGGCUCCGAAGCCACAUGCGGCUCUUUGAGGACUGCUUCGUGGCGUUUUGUUCGAGACAAUCUUGUAAUUCACCGAAUUCGAAAAAAAUGCCUCCUGUUAUUUUGCUUGUCAAUCCCUGGGCUUUCCUAUAAAAAAAAUAAUGGCUUGCUUUUUUUGCAAUGUGUAUAAUAUGGUGUCUAAGCAUUAGACACGUUCAUUGACAUUAUAGGUGGAUAAGAGGCCAUUCCAGCAUUAGAUGUACAGUGGUUCAACGGAGAGUGAUGACCCCUGGACUAGCAAUCAAAGCAUGUGAUUAUUAGAUUCUAUUAUAAUACCGCAUAUAAUUUGCAUAGUGUCUCACUGCUCAAAUCAGUAUGGGGGCGGUACACACCUCCAUUGGUGGAGUCACGUGAGAAAUUCCACUUUCUUUUGGUUGUCAGAGUCUCCAUACGACUGCAUACUUGUACAUGUACACUGUAUUGGAGGUUGCAUACCUGAUACCUGAUUUUGUAUAUCAUUCUGCUGACUCGCCCAUACUGUGGACAUCUGUGAAAAAGAGCUUCAUAGCUAAUCGGAUUCCUUCUGCAGUCUAAAUAAAGAUUCUGAUUAUAAAUUGACCGUAUGCCAAACAUGCUUUGUAGCACUUGGGCAAUAAUUGUCCCUCUCUCUUUCAGAACCAAAACAUUCAAGAAAAAAGCAAUCUCAUUCUGCCAAAGCCGGGUGCUGAAGAAUGGCUUUGGUCAAGCAAACGUUUGGUAGACUCCUGCUUGGGAUAUGGAGACCAUCUGCCUUCACUCAGCGCCUUAGGGAGUUUUCUCUCGGACCAACAAGCUUGGUUAAGUCGCAUGCUUCACCGGUGCCACAGAAGGUCGAUCGGUGGACUGAGAAGCGGGCGUUGUUCGGCAUCUAUGACAACGUUGGCAUCCUCGGAGACUUCAAGAUGCACCCGAAGGAGCUGAUCAGCGGACCCGCGUGGCUGCGCGGCUGGAGGGGCAAUGAGCUGCAGCGCUGCAUCCGCCGGAUGAGAUGGGUCGGCAGCCGCAUGUUCGAGGAGGAUAAGCACAACCUGAAGAAGCGCAUUCGCUUCCUGUACAAGCGCUUCAACCGCUACGGCAAGCACCGCUGAGGACGACGCUGCUGGGUGUUGUGCUGUCGUCUGUUGGUUCGCCGCCUCGUUCGACAGUCGCCUGACAGUGGGAGUGUGCGUUUUUUGUGAGCGGCGAUCCGAAGGGAUUAUUCAGCUACAGCGCGUUGGGAUAUUUUUUCUGUCUCUGUAAAUAGGUGCGUUAACGCGCUCUGCGUUGACAUUAUAACCGAGCUUUGUGAAAUGAAACAAUUUGCCGUACCGUCCUGCUCGCGUGGUUAUACUGGACGCUCGGAGAUGAUUCAUUUGUGGGUUUGAUUUUAGAUUGUUUAAUGCAAGGAUUAUACAUUCGCAACUUUUCAUGCCUUGAUUGGCUUCAGUUGCGUUCGUUGUCCGUGGUAGGAAUUGUACAGUGAUCGAGUAUCAGCAUCGUAUGUGCCAUUCCCACUGAAUUAGGCACGAUGUAAAUGUUGAAUGCAGUCCAAUUCAAUUUGGUAUAUAUAAUGAACAUUCAAAACAGAUGGUCACUUGAAUUAAAAUCUCAAAUGAAAAUGGCUCUUGUGGCUGCAUACCUAGGCUUUGUGUGACAGAAUGUCCAAAGCAAGUUUUGAAGUGUAAUUAAUUACAUUUAUUUUCUUGUUCUUGUCAGGAACACGUUAUUGAUGUUGCUUCUGGACGUUCUUAGUACAGUGUUACUUCAGCGAUAUCUCUUGAUUGCUCCUGAUUUAACUUUGUUAAUGGAGCUUUGAACUCAUUGAACACAGCCUAGGUAAUUGUUUGCAAAAUGUAGCGCUUCUUACAUUUGACGUUGCAUUCAUCUUUACUGCCCUCGCAUUUGAAUGUGGCAUACGUGCAGUAAUAAGAUUAUGUUGGUCAAAGGCAUGAUUUAACCUCCCUCCCUGAGUGUUGGUGAAGUAACUGAUGUCAAGGGUUAACAUUGAAUGCGAAUUUCGAAAAAAAGGAGUUUAUAAAGGAAACAAUAAAAUGAUAAAUCCCUCGACAUUUAGUUGCCCGUGAAAUACCGACGCAGCUCUUGUCAAGCAGGCCGUUAUGUGGUAAUGGACUCGCCCUGUUCUAACAUGUCUUUGUCACCGUCUGAUUAUUUUCAUACGAACAGAAUACGUGUAUAUUUGCAUUCUUUAACUUGCAACUUUCACUUUUUUUAAAGGUGAACUUGGGGUUUAAAUUUGUCAGCCUGAUGGUAAACAAGACGUAUAAACAACGAUUAUUUAUUUUGUCAGGGUUCAUAUUUGGGCGAAACUUCCUUUAGUACUCCCUCGUAAUGCAACCUAGCCGAAGAUGUAACUUUUGAUGAGUUAAUGCUCUCUGUUAUAUAUACUGUAUGCAGUCCACGUACAUUUUCAUAUGACUGUAAUGCAUAUAUUUCAUGCAUAUGAAAAAUAAACUGACGAUUGACAUUUUUUCGACAGCACGGUUUAAACUUCAUUUCAGUUAACAUCAGCCCACAUCUUCUUGGUUCUUUCGGUAAAGUCACAUAGAAGGGAAAUAAUACAAAUAAAACAUAAUAAAAUAAAAAUUAUCACGACGUUUCGGCCACAACACAAGCAGCCGUCCUGUCUUUCCGACAGCUCUGUUUCUUCACCUCAGGACGUCUGCUUGUGUUGUGGCUGAAACGUCGUGAGAAUAUUUAUUUUGUUAUGUUUUAUUUGUAUUAUUUUAUAAUUUCCCUUCUACGUGACUUUACCGAAAGAACCAAGAAGAUGAAUCCCUGCAGUCACGAAAGCUUUAAAUCAAAAUCAGCCCACAUGCUUAACAUUCCCGUAAAAAAUAAUAUCUCAGAGUUGUUGGAAUUUGAAACACGAAUGCAUUUUUUUACAUGGCAUAUAUGUGUAAAUACUUGAUAAUGUGCAACACUGCCAUUUUUUAUUAUUAUUAAUUGGCUUAUUUCGGGAAUGUUUUGGGAAAAGGACUCCAUCUGGUCACUGUUUGCCAUCCGUGGCAUGCAACAAUUUCCAAUCAACAGUUUAUUUUUAGCGAGUGAGUUGGCCGCUUUUUCAUGUCACUGGAAUGUGAAUCAGUCGUGGCAUGACAACAUGUGAGUAAACAUCUUGUUUUAUUAAACAGUGUGGCUCUUGAAGCACGUGCAUCGUUCCAAUUUUUUAAUUAAAAAACAAUGUAUUAUUGUUCCUUUCACAGUCCAUAUGUGCUCCUGCGCUGCAGCAUUGAUAACGCCCCAAAUGUCUUUCGCACACUCUCAUUUGCAUUCCUCGCCAGCUUGCAGCCUCGCAUCCGGCAAGAUGGAUCGCUGUCCUAAAUGCAGCCGUAUAAUCGAGUGGUCAGCAAUACUGACCACUCAACCAGAGACCGCUCGGCCAGUUUACUUGAGUUUUACGGUUCAAACGGUGCCCCUGCUCGGACAUGCAUGGUUGCGUUAACAAAAUCGCGCUGUCUGCUGCCACGUGAACGCCCACGUUCUUAUCUGCAAGACUAUAACGUUGUCUCCUGCUGUCUUGACAAAUCCUAAAGUAAAAUAACUACGAGUUCUGUAAAUUAAAGAACAAAUCAGUUUUCUGUG